GUCAGCAAGACGUGGAAGGUGAUUGCUGAGGAUGAGGUGUUGUGGUACCGGCUGUGCCAGCAGGAAGGGCACCUACUGGAGAGCAGCAUCUCUGACUACUCGUGCUGGAAGCUCAUCUUCCAAGAGUGCCGUGCCAAAGAGCACAUGUUACGGACCAACUGGAAGAGUCGCAAAGGUGCGGUGAGCGAGCUGGAACACAUUCCUGACGCGGUGCUCUGCGAUGUGCAUUCUCAUGCUGGUGUUGUCAUUGCUGGAUAUACAUCAGGGGACGUGAGGGUGUGGGACACCCGCACCUGGGACUAUGUGGCCCCCUUCCUGGAACCAGACUAUGAGGAGGGCGAGCCUGGAAUGCAGCCAUACGUCUCCUUUGUGAGGAUAAACAGCUCUCUGGCGGUGGCCGCAUAUGAGGAUGGAUUUCUUAAUGUUUGGGACCUGAGGACUGGAAAGUAUCCCAUUCAUCGUUUUGAGCAUGAUGCGAGGAUACAGGCCGUAGCCCUCAGCCGGGAAGAUGUCACUGUUGCCACGGCUUCUGCUUUUGACGUUGUAAUGCUGUGUCCCAGUGAGGAAGGGCACUGGCAGAUAGCUGCAGAAUUUGAAGUUCAGAAACUGGUUGACUACCUGGAAAUAGUUCCAGACACUGGGAGGUACCCUGUGGCAAUCGCCACAGCUGGAGAUCUGGUGUACCUGCUAAAAGCUGAAGACUCAGCCAGAACGCUUCAUUACGUCUAUGGCCAGCCUGUCACCUGCCUAGAUGUCUCUGCCACCCAGGUUGCUUUUGGUGUGAAGAGUCUGGGAUGGGUAUACGAAGGAAACAAGAUCCUGGUAUACAGCCUGGAAGCAGAACGCUGCCUGUCGAAGCUGGGUAAUGCACUUGGUGACUUCACGUGCGUCAACCUCAGGGACAGUCCUCCCAACCUCAUGGUCAGUGGCAACAUGGACAGGAG